AUGCCGGGGUCCUCAGAUGGGGAGCAUUGCGUUCGUGCACUUCGGAUACUGGUGAUUUCUGCUCUUCCAUUGCUCUAUGGCCCUUUGCUAUUGGGCUCUGACAUUUGGCCUAUGCCAAACUCAACAGCUACAGGCGAGUCAGGCGAGCGUUCGGCCAAGGAUCAGCCAGUGCCAUCAGCACCAGACUCUUCAGUGCAAGCUGGACAAACUCCUUUGGUUACGGCAGAGAUGUUGUAUGAGACAGCUGACUUGCUCACAACCAUCUACUUCAUGUUCUUCUCGGAUAUCAUUUGGCAUCUUUUCUCCCUUGCUUUGAGCCUAGCGGCCCCGGUCAUUUGGCCUUGCAGGGGCAUUCUGCGACUCCUUUGCAGAAUAGUUGGUAUACACGAGAUGGAGAAGGAAUUUGCCCGCUUUCUGGAGAUGAUUUUUCAUCACAUAUUCCUGGCUGUCAAAGCCGCUUUGCAUCAUGUCAAUGAGCCAUUGACAUUGGUUUCAAACCAAAUGAUUGAUCGGUUUGAAACUGCACUUCCUCAACAAGUAGGACGAAUCCGCCGGACACCUGCAGAUUUGCUGGUCUUUGUCCUUUAUUUGUUUGCGCUGGGGGCUGGCUUGUGCUACCUCAUGGCUGAAAUCCUCAUUGUUCUUCGAAGGAAACGUCGACGAAUUCCUCGCUGCCGCUGUCGCAAGAAGAGCAAUGAGCCAUUGCUUUACAGACAGGAAGUUCCUUCGUCCCAAGGACCAGUGACUUUCGCAAGGACCAUGUCGCAAACCGCUCCAGCUGGUCGACCAUGCCUUCGGCCAUCCUGGUUGGACCGGGAAGCUGAGUUGGCUGACAAGCCUAUCCGGCAGACGCGGCAGACCGUUUGCUGCUUUGAUCUUUUGGGAAGCUUUUAG